AUGGCGGUAUCAGGGGAUUUGAGAGUCACCGCAUCUCUUGGCCCACAUUCAAUCAACCCUCUUCCCCGCUGUUCGUUUCCACCCUCGAAGGUAGAAUUUGGUUCUUUCCAUUACGGUGGUGGAUCGACAGUGUUUGAGGCAACACCUAAAUUGUCUCGUGCAGCAGUUGACGGCCACAAUUUUCGUUGCCAUGCCAAACGAACUCUUGGGAUCUUUGGAGAAAACAAGCAGUCUUCAAGUGCCGUAAGCCAGGAACUUGAUUACUUUCUACAUAAUGCCAUAAACAUGAACUUUUUCGAGCGGUUGAGUCUGGCUUGGAAGAUAGUAUUUCCUUCUCCUGCCACAAGAAGGAACUCCAACGCAAACAUUGCCAAGCAACGGUUGAAGAUGAUCCUCUUCUCUGAUCGAUGUGCUGUGAGUGAUGAGGCAAAGCAGAAAAUAGUUAGUAACAUUGUAACUGCCUUAUCCGAUUUCGUGGAGAUAGAAUCACAGGACAAGGUUCAACUGAGUGUGUCAACAGAUCCAGACCUUGGGACUAUCUACUCAGUCACAGUGCCUGUUAGGCGUGUCAGACCUGAAUAUCAAGAGGAUGAUCCCACCGGGCAAAUUCUGAAUGUUGAGUACAAAGACAACGGCGAAAGUUCUGGUUCAGUUGAUGUCAAAUUCGACUUCUACAUCCCUGAAAAGUUCAAUGAUUUUAGUGUGUGA